AUGUCUUCACUAUACCCUCCCAGACCGAUGCUGUCAUCGCAGCGCUACCAGCAAGACUAUGUCGAUGCCCGCCGCAGCAGCAUGCAGCAGCCGCAGCCUGGCCCUCCCCGUGCUCCCCUGCGCGAGUCUACUGGCAAUGCCCAGGCGCACAACUUCAACGGCAUGAUCUCUUGCUACCAGAGCCCCGUAUCCAUGUCCCCUUCCAUGCAGCAGCCGCCCCAGAACAUCCAGCCGCCCAUGGUCCCCUCACAGUCCUUUGACUGCCUCUACCGCGUGCCCACUCCUCGUCAGCCCCAGCCCCAGCAGCAGCAGCGUUACCAGCGCAAGCCCAGAGCCGACAUCAACCCUCUCUACUUCUGGCCUGCCUUUCGCCAGUACCGCAACAGACAGGCGCACAAGGAUACACAAAAGGACAAGGGCGGUGUCUGGCGCCGUCCUGAGCUUGAAGAUGCCUUUGUCGACUCUGUCCUGCUCAUGCCUCACAUGGGCCGCCGCAAGUUUUCCAUGGGCGGAAAGCUUCAUGGCCGCAACAUGCUGAUUAGCGAGUACAUCUUUACUCUCUGCAUUGCCAUUCUCGGCAGCAAGGAAAUCUUCCGCAUCGACAACAGCAACGAUAGCAUUGAGCAGAUGGGGCGCAAGCAAGUCUCUAGCCAUAUGCAGGUUGUCAAGAAGUUCUUUGAGGACCUGCGCUGCUUCCACUUCCUCUUCCCCUCGGAAGAGAAGAAGGAGCCUGGCUCGACCAACUCGGAAGACUACUACGACGAAGAAGAGCAAGAAUCAUUCAAGUCCAACCCCAUCCUCACUGCGCUUGCUGAGGGCCGUGUGCCUGAUGUUAAGCCCAACUACCCCUACUUCUCUCAGCUCCUUGCCCUCCAGUCUUACAUCACCGUCCGACCAAAGACCUGCGAAAUCUUUGUCUCCUCUUCGGACAUUAAGAUUCGCGAUGAGAUUGCCUAUGACAUCAAUGAUAAUGCCCUCGACCAGGCCUCCUUCCCCCACCUGAACAAGUACAACAACUGCGAUGACAGCCCCAACGUACUCGGCAAGGAUGUUCUCCUGCACGAGUACACCCGCUCUCUGGACCACGCCACCUCGGCCUCGGUCAAGUCUGUCACGCGCCGCUGGCAAAAGGAUGCGCCGGCCAUGUACGAAACUCUGGAGCUUCCCGGCCGCGACGAGGAUUGCCUUCUCCUUGAGAUGUGCGCUACGCUCGAGCUGCACGAGCACGCCAAGUUCCCCUCUGGCUCUGAGCUGACUGGCUUCGUCGAAGUCGCCAUCACCCAGCAGGCUCUGCAGAACCACCAGUGGAAGUGCGUCACUCGCCUGACGCGCCCUGCUGAGCUCCACAGCGACGAGUCCGGCCAGACCGCCGUCUACACCAAUGAGAGCGGCAUCCACCGCCGCGGCUGCAGCGACUCCAAGCCUGACUGCGACUGCCACACGCGCUCUCGCCAGGACAUCCACGUCCCCUUCCCUGCUGUGGAGUGGGCCAGCAUCCUGAGCAUGGCGGUGCAGUACCCCGAUGCGGAGCACCAGCGCGCCAAGGAGAAGCGCAUGAAGAUGGGCGCUGGCGGCAAGAAGUCUGAUGUCGAGCGUGCCGGUAGCAAGCGCAAGCGUUCUGAGGACGACGGCGAUGCCGCGUCCUGGGCCCGCCGUGAGCCUACUGGCAGCGAUCUCAUUUGCAAGGUGGCCAUGUACCAGGAACUCUGGUCCCGCGCGCCCGACUCUGCCCAGUGGCAGCGCCAGGGCAUCAUCUUCUGGCGCUUCAACACCACGAAUCAGUGGUACAAGUACGAGCCCGUCUUCAAGCCCGCCGGCACCUCGUGGCGCUGGCUGACCAUCAACGACCCCAUGUCGCGCUACCACCAGCAAAAGGCGCUGGUAUACCCUCCGGCCGGCGUGCCCCGCGAUGCCAUCAUGUCGCCCACGCCCACCGUCAACCAGCACCUGACGGCGGCCAUGAACCAGACGUUCCAUACGUCCUGGGACCAGAGCAGCGGCAUGCCCCAUGUGCCCACCCUGCAGACGCCUGCCAACAGCAUGGGUCUGUUUGACUCAUUCUCCAACGGCUUGGCCACGCCCCCACCUUCGGCGACAAUCCCCCCUCCGUACUCGAACGGCAGCUUUGACUCCAACAUGGGAGCCAACGGUGUCAACUUCCUGCCCUCCAACGGCAGCAUGAGCCAUCAGCAGCAGCAGCCUGACUCGCGCCACGGAUCGGGGAGCCUUGCCUCGGGCCAGUCGUACUUUGAUGAUAACCAGGUCUCGUUUGCGGACAACAAGCCCCCGCUGCCUGCCAUCGUCACCAACUACACCACUGCCGUCUCGGCCGGUCUCGAGCAGCUGGCCACGCCUGGCGUCUACGACAACUCUCCCUGCGACACCACCAACCUGCAGGGAUGGGACAUGUCCACGCUGGAUCCGUGGGCAGCGGCGGGCGGCGGUCCCACGCCGACCUCGUCGACUGGCGCGCCGCAGGACUGGCCUCCCGCACCGCCACCUGCGCACCAGCACCACCAGCAGCAGCCACAACAUCACCAGCAACAGCCUCACCACCCGGGUGCCAAGAUGGAGCACGCCGAUCACUCGGGGAUGUGGGCGGCGCCGCAGUGGAGCGUGCCCAGCAGCGCGGGAUCCCAGGGUGGCAGCCCCCGCCAGAUGAAGAGGCGCAGGACCGACGGCGGGCUUGAUAGCCAUGUGCCCGUCUCGGCGGGCUGGUGA